AUGUCUCAUCUUCCAAACGCUCUAAAAGUACAAUUACGGUCCCCAGAUGCCAAGGCCCCAACUAAGGGCUCGAUAACCGCAGCCGGAUAUGAUAUUUACGCUUCACAGCAUACUGUAAUCCCAGCUCAUGGUCAAGGUUUAGCUUCUACAGAUAUCUCAUUCACCGUACCAUUUGGUACUUACGGUAGAAUUGCCCCCAGAUCUGGUCUAGCAGUCAAACAUGGGAUUCAAACCGGCGCUGGAGUGGUCGAUAGGGACUACACUGGUGAAGUCAAAGUCGUGCUUUUUAACCAUUCUAACAAGGAUUUCGAGAUUAACAAAGGUGAUAGAGUAGCGCAAUUGAUCCUCGAGAAGAUCGUCGACGAUGCAGAAGUGGUGGUAGUCAAUAAUCUAGAGGAAACUGCAAGAGGUAUCAAUGGGUUCGGUAGCACUGGUAAAUAG